AUGGCGGGGGUGAACGUGUUCUCGGCCUUCGUGAUCUCCCUCAUCACCAACCUGGUGGCCACCGGCCUCUUCGUGAAGCUGCUCGUCCUCGACCGCGGCAGCGCCCUCGAGUUCUUCCUCAUCUACAACAUCUUCUCCUUCGAACGCAUCCUCGAGAACCUCCAGGUGGUCAUCGCCGAGUUCAUCAACAGUCUCAAGUACCUCAAGUCCACCGAGAGGCUCAUGAACGUCCCCCACGAAAGGGGGGAAGUGAGGGAAACACAGUGGGUGGAGGAGGGGCGGAUUCAGUUCGAAGGUUUCUCGGUGAAGUACAGCGACGAGCUGGAGACAGUCUUGAGUGGGAUCGAUGUGAGGGUGGCGAAGGGGGAAAAGAUCGGCGUGGUGGGGAGGACGGGCAGCGGCAAGUCGACCACCCUCCUGAGUCUGCUGCGGAUACUCGAGGCCCACUCGGGGAGGAUCCUAGUUGAUGGCACAGACAUCUCCGCACUGGACCUGCAGUCGCUGAGGGCGGGCUUCAACGUCAUCCUCCAGGACUCCUUCCUCUUCACCGGCACCUACGAGGACCAGAGUAUAAUCCGCGCGCUGGAGCUGUGCGGUCUGUGGGAAGCGGUGAGGGCGCGGAACGGCCUCGCGACGGUGAUCGAGGAGGGCGGCGACAACUUCAGCGCGGGCGAGAAGCAGCUCAUCAACAUCUCGCGCACUCUGCUCAACCCCAAGCGGAUCGUCCUCAUCGACGAGGCCACCGCCAGCAUCGACUCCAGGGCCGACAGGCUGGUGCAGAGGGUCAUCAGCGAGCAGUUGUCAGCCUCCACCAUCAUCACCAUCGCCCACAGGAUCGACACCAUCCUCUCCUCGGACAGGAUCAUCGUAUUGGACAAGGGCAAGAUUGUAGAACUGGACGCCCCCAUGAACUCCUCAAGAACCCCGAUUCCCAUUUCCGCAAACUCUACGAAGAAUCACAUACGAGCAAAAGGGAAUCUGCGAAAACCCCAAAAAAGCCCUAAAUUAUGCUCAGUUGAUAGUUCCUAUCAGAGUUAG